AUGCCAGCUCCGCUGAUAACAAUGAUCGAGAAUUUUUCUUGGCAUUUUUCGACGAACAUUUUUGAGGAUUUGUUCGCUGAAAUUUUGCCACAACAUUCUUCGGUCAAUAUCGAUGCUUCCUGUAGAACGAAUUCUGAGGGUAACCUUAAACAAGACUCAGGACAUGAUAAUACCUCCGCACCUGAUAUAUCUAUUAAUGAUUCAAAUUCUGAUGAACAUCAAGAAGAAACUUCGUCUCGAGUCUCCAAUUCAUCUUCGACUGAAUUAUCUAUAUGCGGGAAGCCUAAAUCAUUAGAAGAUAAGGAAAUGGAUAAUUUUCUGAAACCGGGAAAGAAGCUUCAACAUGAGUCACAUACUGAAAGUUCUCCAAAAGAGAACACUUACAUGUCUAAUAACGGAGUUAGUGCUAAAGCACAUAUUAAAUCUAAUAUCUCUCCCGAGCAGGAAAAAGAGCAAGGUCUAAUACAAGAGAUAUCAAUUUCCAUUAAUCAGAAUCAAGCAACCGAAAUUUCAGCGAACAAUUCACCAAAAAUGUUCGCCAAAAAUCAUGUUUCCAAAAAUUUAAUUCAGGAAAGUAGUGGGAAAGGUGAUAUUAUUUUGUUUUCUGCAUCAAAAAGUAAAGUAUUGCUAAAUUUAACAAGUUUAUACAAGAAAGCUUGUGAUGCGGAAAGGCAAGCGAUUAAAGUUAAUCAAGAUGAAAUUACGUGUUGGUAUUAUUAUAUUAUAGAAUUUGAUAACCAGGUUAAAAAUCUUAUGAAAUCCGAUCAUAUUGGCGAGAAAAAGGCGAAAGGACAAAUUUAUGAUUUUAUUAUUGCACAACUAAAUACCAAGCGUAAAACGUUACAAAAGCAAACCCAAAAGGCUAGAAAGGUUUAUAAUCUAUUCGAAAAAAUAGGGAUAGAUAAGAUUCAGCAUAUCAAAACCUUUAGUGCGGAUGCUAUUUCAAGAUUUACUAAUUUACAAAUUCAAACAGUCAUUGAUCAUUUCGCUAAAAUGCCUGACAUAGAAUUCACCGAUGAUCAGGACAAUUCUUCAGAUGAUUUACCCGAAGCUGAGGUAAGUAUAUCUAUUGAUCAAGAUUCGGAAUUACCAGAAGCUGAGGUAAAUGCAUCUGAGUUGAUGUGCGAUUAUAUGGCAGGGAAUCGAAGAGCACGAAGAAGUCGAACGGAUGCGCAAUACUUUGAUGAGUUUCGUACGCAUUUUUGGAAGAGGCCUGAAGAUGAAUUUGAUAGAAUCCGUAUUAUUAAUACCACAAACCGUAGGAGAAAUACAGAUGUGGGAAAUAUAACACCAGCACCAUCUAUUGAGGAAGUUGAGCAUGAAUUAAGUAUGGGAUCCUCUGUUAGACGUAUAAACCGAAGUUCAUCUAUUACUACAAUUUCCGAUGCUGAGCAAAAUAAUGGCGUUCACCUACCUCUGGCUGAAACAUCAUCUCUUCAACCACCACCACCUUAUGAGGCCACAGAUGAAGCACAAAAUAAUUCUUCAGAAAUGAAUCAGAGCCAUGUUGUUUCUAACCGCGAAGUAGCUGUCUCUGGUAAUAUACCCUUGUCACAAAACAACAGUGAUGUUAGUAUGUAUGAUGUAGGAGAUAGUCAAACAUUUUCUAAUAUGGAAUCGAUAUGA